AUGCCGAAUGCUGCAUCUUUGUCGCAGCACGGCGCCCCCGCCAAUCACCGCCUUUUAGAGCCCGAUCGAGAUCAGAGUCCGGCAGAGUACUCGUCGGGCAUCGACUCUGACAACGAUCAGGGCGCCAAUGGCUCUGGGGGAUCGCGAGCGUUGAAAAGGAAACGCCCCCUCACCGUCUCAUGUGAGCUCUGCAAGCAGAGGAAAGUCAAGUGUGAUCGAGUGCAACCGAGUUGCGGCUGGUGUAACAGGAACAACCAGAUAUGUGAGUAUAAAGAAAGGAAAAAGCCUGGCCUGCGGGCUGGCUACGGAAAGGAAUUGGAGCAACGCCUCGACAGGCUGGAAGAUAUCAUUCAAUCCCAAGCCCGGCUUAUUGAAAUGCAUAUGCUUCAAGGCCAGCCGGGACUGGCGCAUGAAAUGCACCAUGGGGGAUCAAUAGCCUACAGCUCGCCGUCGGAGCCCUCCGCGAUCCACGGCCCAAGCCCUGGCACCGCAGUCUAUUUCAACGAUCCUGCAUCUUCGGUCACCCUACCUUCACGCCGCGCAGAUCCUUCUAUCGCAAGUCCCUCGGAUACAUCAGUCAAGAAUUUGGUGCACAAUAGCCUUCACCACGGGAACGCGGCAUCGGUCAUGGGCUCAUUACCGUCGGUCCAUAACGCGCAUAACGGCGACUACACUGGAAACGAGUCAUCUCUGAAAGGCCCAAUCAACCUCUUUGGGAAUCAAGAGCAGUCAUUUGCAGACCCGGAUCUGGAUCUCCCACCAUACGAUCUACUUUACGCAUUAGUGGAUCUUUAUUUCGAGCAUAUCAAUUCCUGGUGCCCAAUCCUUCAUCGCCGGUCAACAUUGGAUACCUUCUUUGGUCCAUCGCCCUUGGAAGAGGCUGAUCGCAUGGUGCUAUAUGCCAUUGUGGCAACAACAUUGCGUUUUUCAACCGAUGCCCGGCUCAACGAGCAAAAUCGCAAGCGCUACCACGAUUCUUCCAAGCAGAAGGUUCUCUUAUAUGGCCUGGAAAAUUCGUCAGUCAAAGCCUUACAGGCGCUUGUGAUCCUGGCCCUUGAUCUGGUUGGAUCCUCAAAUGGACCUCCUGGAUGGAAGUUACUCGCUUUGAUUACCAGAUCCGUUGUCCAGCUGGGACUGGCCGUGGAAUCAAAGUCCUCGCUUAUCGCUCCAGUCUACCCCUCAAUCUAUACGUUGAGAGCAGUCACACUACCUGAAGCAGAUUCUUGGAUUGAGGACGAGAGCAGACGUCGAUUAUUCUGGAUGGUCUAUCUGUUGGACAGAUAUUCGACGAUUGCCACCGCAUUCAACUUUGCAUUGGAUGACAAGGAUAUUGAUCGCAAGCUACCUUGCAAGGACGAGUUCUUCAUGAAAAAUCAACCAGUUGAGACUCGGCGGUUUCACUACUCCGGUGACCGUGUGGAUUACUUGAGUCAUGCGGAAAAUGUGGGAUCGUUCGGGUUAUACAUGGAGGUCCUCGGCAUUCUUUCCCGCGUCCAUCAAUUCCUGAAGCGCCCCGUGGACAUUGGAUCUCUCUCCGACGUGGAAGAAUGGCAAGCUACCUAUCGCAAGCUCGAUAGCGAAUUGACUUCAUGGGAGUUCAACCUGCCUGCAGAGUAUGCGUAUGAGAACUCUUCACGGCUCUUCAGCGGAGGCAAGCAGAACCGCACGCUACACAGUGACUGGGUGCAACUCCAAACCACAUAUCAAACUGCCGUCAUCCGCCUACACUCAUCCGCCGCAUACCCAACAACCCGAUCCCCAAUCUUCACUCCCUCCUAUAGCGCCAGCCAACGCUGCCUCCUAGCAGUCGACAACAUCCUCUCCGUCACCCGCUUUGUCGUCGAAAACAACAUGCUCGACAAACUCGGGCCCCCAUUCGCAUUCACCCUCUGGGUCUCAGCCCGCCUUCUCCUCGUCCAUGGCUCAACAAUCGCCCACACAGUCAGCCCCGACAUAAUCUUUUUCGUGGACACACUCGCUCUCAUGGGUGGUCACUGGAAAGUCGCAGAACGAUACAGCAAUAUCCUCCAACGCGUCCUCGACGAAUACGGCGAAUACCAGCAAUCCGCAGCUACAGACGGCGAGCGAUCCACUCCGUCAACAGUCAAGAUCCUAGCAGAUAUGCGCCGCUGCGCAUUUGACCUAGACUUCCUCAUUUCGCGCCAACCGCGCGAGUCUCCAUCUACCAUGAGUAACGGAGGAAACGAUACCCGGCCUCCCGCGCCUACAAUGACUCCUAGGAACCUCGCGCCGAAUGAACUCGAGUAUCUAGAUGUAUUCGGCUUCUUCAAUGUUCCGCGUGUGCCGCCAACUCGUGCACCUGAUCCUACAGCUCCACAUCUUGAUAUGUCGGGAUCGGUUGCGAAUCCCAUGUCUAUACAUGGACUGACAGGAGGGCCUGUGGUUGACGGGAAUGCGUCUUCAAACGCGAAUGAGUUCAAUAUUACGAAUUAUCUGAUUCCAACGCCUGAGACGGAUUGGUUGUUCCGUCCUGCUGGUUGA